GAAGCCAGGAGCAGAGAGCCAGGAUGGGCAAUGGGGCCAACAUGCUGAGAGCCCUCCUCCUUCUCCUAGAUUUUGGAGGAGCUCAAGUGUUAGCAACAGGGAAGUCUGCUGGGGCCGAAAUUGAUAUCAAGUACGCCAUCAUUGGGACGGCUGUGGGCCUUGCCAUAUCGGCCUGCUUCCUGGCCCUGAAGAUCUGCAUGAUCAAGAAGCACUUGUUUGAUAAUGACUCCUCGGACCUGAGAAGCUCAAACCUGGGCUUUAAUGAUACCAUCACAGUGAAGAAGAGAGUCCCAAGGUCACACGUCAAUUUCUCCAAAAGAGAUGCACAAGUGAUUGAGCUCUAAAUGAGUGGCCUCUUCAGGAGAGGUUGGGAGGUCUGGACAGCUUCCCAGUUUCAAUCUCAGAGAUGUCUUGGAUUUGAGCUUCCACAGCUAGUGAUGGACCUUCAUAUGGAACUCAAUAUCAAGGGCAAGUAACAGAUCUACAGUGUUUCUGUCCUGAAGGAAAAUGUCAAUUCUCUUACACAAGAAGCUGACUGCAUAAAGUGAGGCAUGAGCACUUUAUCCAGCAGUAAGAAAGACGGAAGCCGAUAAAUCUAUACUGUCUACUCUGGUUCAACAUGGUGGAGCUGUUCAUGCUUCUAUGAUAACGUUGUGUCCACAUUGAUGGAAUCUGCCCAUCACAAAUGGCUUACAGAAAUGGGGACCAAAGUCAAGACACAGCCUCCUUAGCACUGCCAUCUACCAACAGGGAAGCAUCAUUUUCUAGAACUGUUGGCCUCAGCUUCUCAGUUGCCAUGAGUCCCCUGCAAAAAUUCAGGGGUCUUGAAACGUGAAGACCGUGGGGCCAUCCACAGCCUUAUAAAUGAAAGACUGAUCUUCCACAGAAAGACAUGAAAGACUGAUGAAGAAGAAGGGGUCUCAAUGACCAUGGGAUGUCCUGCAGCUCUUUGAAUGAUGGAACCAACAAACGAUUAAACGAAAAAACCGAUGGUGUGCCUUUUAGGGAGCUACACAAGUGUAAGGGAUUAUUAUUAUGCUUAUAGCAUUAUUUUGUGGUUAUUACUACAAACGUGAAUGGCUUUUGCAUGGAGGACAUGAACCUAAGGUUCUGUGACACAGGCCCUGUUUGCAUUUCUCUCCCCCUAAUUUUAGCAUUGUGUUUCUGGGGCUGCACUAUGGAAUACUCUUUGUCUUCCCAAUUCAACAGAAAUCUGAGUAGGUGUGUCGACUGGUUCUCCUUGGAUUGGAUUACUUUCCUUGUGUGCGAUGAAAGAUGAGCAAUAUUUCAAAACCAAGCGCUGUGUUAUAAUAACUUGCCUGGAUUCCCAGGGCGUCUUUUAUCUGACUUGAUAACAACGCAGUUCAUUAGCAGCCUUUGUUAACUGAUAACCUAAAGCGGUAACAUGAUACUCAUAAGCAAUUUUCUGUGUGUAAGAUAGAAUAAACCAUCUUGUAAGGUAUCUGUUAAUUGAUUUGCGUCUUUUAACAGCAUUUUAAUUAAGACUUCUGGUUGGUGAAUGGCAGAGACACUUAUAAACUUAAGGUGAAUGCUUCAGAAUUCCCAGUAAUCAUUUUAUUUUCUAUAGAUGCAACCAAACUGUAGGAUCCUCUUCUCCAUCCCACAUCAUGAUGAAUUUCCCCAGUGCCAAUCCUGGACUCUGGUUUCACUUUAGCCCCACACAGGGUCUCCUGGGUGAAGAACACAGAGAAAUAUGCUGAAGUCCAGUGCUGCUUCCUUGGGUUUUAAAGCUGACAUGCCCUGGGAGGCAGCAUGGGACUCUUUGCAAUGGGUCCCUUCGGCGUAAACCCCAAAUUCAAGCUCACUGACUUCCUUCUGUGGCACUCCUACUGGAAGCUCUAUGAAUCCGUUCUUGAAAAUCCCUCUCCAUGAUUGCUGACAAA